AAUGAAGGUUUUGCUGAUUAGAAAAGUGCUUAAACUUGUUUUAUUGUUCUAGUAGAUGUUUUAACAGGUUUUCAUAUUUUACUUGGUAUUCUACUAAUUCACUUACGCUGAUGCUGAUACUGAUUAUAUUAAAACUAUUGAUGCAACAACUUGCUUUACUUUUACAUAAGGAACUUAUAAUUGGGAUGGAUCUAGCUGUUCGGUAUGUUCAGGAUCAAGCAGCACUCGUAAAUAUUAAUUUUCAUUUGAUUACUAUUAAUGGCUAUGUUCUGAUUCAUUAUUCAUAUAUAUUAAAUUAUCCAUUCAUAAUAAAUUACUAUUUAAUAAGUCUAAGAAUAAAGAAACCGAAAUAAUUAAGGGUGAUCUCUAAAUAUAAACAUAACAAGUUGAUUCUAAUUAUUUAGUUACAGAAGAUUUGUAUAUUAAUUUGUUUUUUUACAUAAUAAUAUGA